AUGAAACCGCGGUUUUUAAUAGAUUUUACGGGAUUCUCUGGAACCUAUUCUUUCUCCAUUUUCGGUAUAAAAACAGAUAUGAACAGCCAUUUCUUGUCUGCCGUUGCUCCCUAUAUUAAGAAGGAGGUCCUUACUCAUCAGCAGCAGGUGUGUCGCCUCUAUAAGCACAGCCUGAAGUGUUUGAUGUCGUGGAGCACAGAUCGCGAUAUUUUCAUGGAAAAAGCAACAGAGCUGAGAAAGCGAUUCCGCGAUAAUGCAAGUUUAGAUCCUAACUCUCCGGAGGCAAAAGCUCUUUUGGAAGCUGGACUCAAGGAGUAUGAGAGUAUGGCACACCCCGAUCCGUAUGUUCAGUCCUGGUAUCCCGGUGGAGCUACGUACAUGCGUAAUGCUCCUCCUCCAUUGAAUGUGGUAUAUCCUCACGGUGUUCCCAAGGAAGUCGAAGAGAGUGUUGUUCCGAUCCAUCCCGAUGGUACUCCCUACAAUUGGAGACCUAAUGAUGAUCCUAUCUUGGUGGAUUUCCUUGGAAAGAGAAUCUUCGGCUUUUAAUUUGUUUAUUGAAAUCUAUAGAAUGCG